AUGAAGUCAAACAUGAACACUAAGAUAUUGAGGCUUGCUGUUGUGGAGAUACUGUCGCAGAGUGGAUUUGACAAGACAGCAGACCAGGCACUGAAUGUCUUGACGGACAUCCUGAGGUACUACAUCGAGCAUCUUGGGUGUAGGAUGAGGAGAAAAGGCGAAAAUGGAAUUGUUCCUGAGCUUAUAUGCAGAUUUCUUGUUGAUGAAGAGUAUGGAGAAUGCGAAUACCAGAUUCCGGAGCUUCUGUCUUUCCUGAGGUACCAGGUGACUGUGAAGAACUAUCUGAACGACAGAUACAGCGUGGGGAGCGAGGAGUCUAUUCUUCAUAUCCUGCGGGUUCUCCCGAAGAAUGCACAACUUCGGAUGGUGAUGAGGAAUGGAGGCAAUCUAAACGACAUGAACGAGGUUGAGAAGGAGGUUGUAGAAGAGGACGUGAGGCUUGACGAGUUUACAAAGGAAUUUGUCGAGUCGAGCCUACAGAAGGCGGGGAAGAGAGAGGUGAGGGAGUAUAGACUUGAGUCGGUGGAUCUUAUUGACGGGGAGCCCGCAAGGAGGGUGAAGAUUGGGGAUGGAGAGUUCAAUGCGAUCCUGGAUCAGAAGCAGAAUGGAAUUGAUUUUCUGGAGGAGCCUGGAGUGCUUGCAAGGGACUUUGCGAUCUGGAACAAUCGGCAUGUUUUCAAGGGAUACGAAUGA